CGGUGCGGAGCGUCCGGGUGAGGGGAGCCCGGGGUGAUCCGUCACUCGUGAGACAUCGCGCACAAGGGGCUCCCUCACUCGUGAGAUGCUCCAUCAGUCGUGAGAUGCUCCCAUCACUCAUCAGAAAAUGCUCCACCACUUGUGAAAUGCUCCAUCACGCACAAGAGACAUCACUAUUUGUGAGAUUCUUCAUCAUGCACAAGAGACUCCGUUUGUGACUUGCUCUAUCACUCGUCAGGUUACACUCCACCACUCGUGAGAUGCUUGAUCGUGCACAAGAGACUCCACCACUCGUGAGAUGCUCCAUCACUUGUGAGAUGCUCUGUCAUGCACAAGAGACAUCACUAUGUGUGAGAUUCUCUAUCAUGCAUAAGAGACUCCACCAUUUGUGAGUUGCUCCAUCACUCGUCAGACUACACUCACGAGGUGCUCCAUCACUUGUCAGUCAUCACGCACAAGAGACUCCGUCACUCAUGAGAUGCUCCACCACUCGUGAGAUGCUCCCAUCACUCAUCAGAAAAUGCUCCACCACUUGUGAAAUGCUCCAUCAUGCACAAGAGACAUCACUAUUUGUGAGAUUCCCCAUCAUGCACCAGAGACUCCACCAUUUGUGAGCUGCUCCAUCGCUUGUCAGACUACACACCACCACUCACAAGAUGCUCCAUCACUCAUGAGAUGUUUCCAUCACUUGUCAGAAAACUCUCCACUGCUUGUGAGAUGCUCAAUCAUGCACAAGAGACUCCACCACUCAUGAGAUGCUCCAUCACUUGUGAGACAACAUUCCAUCACUCACAAGACGCUCCAUCACUUACAAGAUGCUCCACCACUCCUCACAGGCAUUCCUGUGUGGGAUCACCAUGGGGAAGGGACAGUGGGCUGUGUGGCCAUGCCAAGGGACAAGGCGCUGGAUGCUCAGGCGUGGGCAGCCUGCUGGGAUGCAGUUUGCGGAGCAGCUGGUGCAGGCAGACGGUGCUUCCCAUGCGCCUGCUGUGCUGGGGGCUGGCAGGACACUGACGUUUGUUUGGGAUGAUCUGAGCAAGAGUGAAGUUUUCCAUCCGGCCGCCCGCAGCUCCCGCUGCACCGCCCCUGCGGUGGCGGGGAGGGGAUGGCCCUCGCGGGUCCCCUGGGUGCUGUGGGAAGCGCUGGCUCCUCAGCUGUGCACAGAGAGUUGCACACGGUGCUGGGACCGCUGGCAAGGCACGGCAUGGGGCUGCGGCUCCCACUGCGCCGGAGCACCAGCUUCACCCCCGACCACCCUGCCCUCAUGGAGAUGCCCAGCCCCACUGCCCUGAAGAUGGAAGCAAAUGUCCUUGUCAUGGGAGCAGAUAACGUGGGGAAAUCAGCUCUGACUGUGCGUUUCCUUACCCGGCGCUUUAUCGGGGAGUAUGGAGACAUGGAAUUCAUCUACAGCCACAACCUGACCAUGGAUGGCCGAGAGAUUCUCUUCCACAUCUGGGACGUCCCCAAUUCCCAGGAGCAGGCAGAGGAGGGCUCCUCAGAGGAGAAGCGAAUCCAGUGGGCAGACAGCUUUGUCCUGGUCUACAGCAUCUGCGAUCGUGCCAGCUUCAACAUCCUGCCCCUCAAAAUCCAGUUCAUCAAAGCGGCCAAGGAAGGGCAGAGCCAGGAGAAGGUGCCCAUUGUCAUUGUGGGCAACAAGCGGGACCUGCACCACCAGCGGGUGGUGUCCAGCGAGGAGGGCCGGCUCCUGGCCCUCUCUUUAGACUGUGGUUUCUACGAGGUCUCUGCAGCUGAGGCUUAUCACGGGGCCCUCAUGGUCUUCCACGGACUGGCCGAGCGCAUCCCUGACACCAAACUGGCACUGAAGAAGGGUACAGGGAUCCGUGGCAUCGUCAAGACCAUGUCGGCUGUGUUUGCCCGUAAGCGAACGGACUCCCUCUGAGCUACAGCAUGGAUGUUGCUUCUCUCUGUGCUGGACCAAGCCUCCUCCCUGGGUGCCUGUGGAGAUGGUCUGUGUGUUUGCAGAAGUAUGAUGGGUUCCUUGCUGUCCUCCUAAUGCUGGGGUCUGGGUGAUCUGCCUUACGCAGCAGUGCAGCUGAGAACUGUAGUGCCUUAGUCUUGGCUCUGUGAUGGGGCAUCUCUGCCCUUUGCUGUACCAGCUUUUUAGGCACCUCCUGCUUUCUCCUUCCAUCCUCCAACACUGGAAACCACCAGGUGAUUUUGCCACAGCUCCAGGCAGCAUCAUCCCCAGCUCCUUCAGCAGGAGGUGUUGGUGAGCAGGGUGUUCAUGCUGCUUCUGCAUGGCUGCCCGGUUCCCUAUCCUCCCCGCUCCUACCCCAGGAUCCUUAUUCCUGUUUAACGCUGAUCAGGGUCCUCUCUGGUAUCCCUGGAGCACCCAUAAGCUGGCAAGGUGGGGGUUUCUCUAUCAGGGAGCCACUGGCAGUUCCCAUACGUGCAUCACCAUGUUGGAAUGUCCCAGAGCCCACAGCACCGUCUGACCCCAGAGGACCUCAGUGGGACCCCAUCCCACCCGCUUUGCUUUAGAACUGUCUUGCUCAUGGUCCUCUCUCCCACAGCCUUUCAGUGAUCGCAGCCAUUUCCCCUGUGCAAGCACCGUACGGGCUGUGCCUGGGAAAACCCAGGAGUGUGGCUUGUUCCCAGCAUUGGGAUCGCACUGUGUGCCUUCCCAAGCUGCUCCAUCUGUAAGUCUGCCUGUCCCUGGGGAGGAGAGGAGGUGGGGAAAGGGGUCGCUGGGCUCGUCACCGAACCCUUCUGCUGCUGCUGGGAGGCUUUUCCCUGCCUCUCCCCAAACCCCUUCCCCUGGGAAAGCAGCGUGUCGGAACAGGGUCUGUGUGUGCAGUACGGACACUGGUGUCUCUGCUGUGAAAUGCAAUAAAUUGUCUUUGGCAGGAA